AGCGAAUUUGCCGACUGGUGGAGAAAAUCAUUUUGUAACGUUUUAACGCUUGAUGCAUAAAGUUAUUUCGGACGGUUCGAAACUCUCCGUUCGAGAAGUAAAUAAAAAAGUCGGGCGCAUUUAAUGGAUAGCGGCGACGGUGCGUACGUAUUCAGCGUUCGGACGGAUUUGCGCGAGGCAGUUUGAAUUUCGCCGUUGUUUUUCGAAUCUUAUUGGCUCGCACCUUCGCAGAUAUCGAACUGUAGUGCAAUGUGAUCACGUAAUGGCGGGUAAGGCGUUACAAUGGAAAUUGGUGGCGAAUCCCACUGGACCUCAGCCCCGGCCGAGACACGGUCACCGUGCCGUCGCAAUUAAAGAUUUGAUGGUCGUAUUCGGCGGCGGAAACGAGGGAAUCGUCGACGAACUUCAUGUUUACAAUACAGCAACGAAUCAAUGGUUUGUGCCAGUUACGAAAGGAGAUGUGCCUCCAGGAUGUGCAGCAUACGGCUUCGUCGUGGAAGGAACCAGAUUACUGGUGUUCGGAGGAAUGGUAGAAUAUGGAAAGUAUAGCAAUGAAUUAUACGAAUUACAGGCCUCUAAAUGGGAAUGGAAGAAAUUAAAACCGAAACAACCGAAAUUGGGACCGCCGCCUUGCCCUCGUUUGGGCCACAGUUUUACCCUAGUUAAUGCAAAAGUGUACCUAUUCGGUGGUUUGGCUAAUGACAGUGCAGAUCCGAAAAAUAACGUUCCGAGAUACUUGAACGAUCUAUACACGUUAGACAUCAGAAGCAAUCCCGUGCAAUGGGACAUACCGCAGACGAACGGACCGGCUCCUCCUCCCCGAGAAUCUCACACCGGCGUCGCUUAUUCCGACAAAAAGAAAGGGCGAUCGUUCCUGGUUAUCUACGGUGGGAUGAGCGGCUGCAGGUUGGGUGAUUUGUGGUUUUUAGAAACGGAAACGAUGACUUGGUUGAAACCGCAAGUGUCUGGUAUAACUCCUUUGCCUAGAUCUUUACAUACGUCAACAUUGAUCGGUCAUAGAAUGUUCGUUUUCGGCGGUUGGGUGCCCGUCGUGGCCGAUGAAGUUAAAACGGCUACGAACGAGAAAGAAUGGAAGUGCACCAGCACCAUGGCAUGCCUUAAUUUGGAAUCGAUGAAUUGGGAUGAAUUGAACAUAAACGCCGAUUCCGAGGCUACGCUGCCCUGCGCUAGGGCUGGCCAUUGUGCCGUCGGAAUUAGUACUAGAUUGUACAUUUGGUCCGGUCGAGAUGGUUACAGAAAAGCUUGGAAAAAUCAAGUUUGUUGUAAAGAUUUAUGGUACUUGGAAGUUGAUAAGCCUCCAGCCCCUAGUAGAGUUUCACUGGUGAAAGCAGGAACACAAUCCCUCGAAGUAAAUUGGACGGGCUCGCCAUCAGUUCAAACCUAUAUUUUGCAGAUACAAAAGUACGAUUUGCCUCCACCGGUAGCGACGACAUCGAAGCCUGUUCCUGUUGUUCAACCAGCCACAGCGUCAUUAGUGACGUCGCCAACGCCGAAAAUUGGCCAACCUGUUUUAAGUAUUUCUCCUUCAACUCCCGUAGUUGCCCCAAAAACGCCUACGCCCCAAGUAGUGACGCCAAAAGUUGUAACUCCCGUUAGUAAAGGUCAAACGCCCGUCAAGCUGAGCACAACUGGUACUAUCAUCAGACAAGCUUCUCCUCAACAAAUCACUAGUUCCGGAAAACAGCUGAUAGUGAAACCUGGAGGAAAUGUAAUACAGAAAUCUGGAAAUGUUCAACAACAAGUUGUAACGUUGGUUAAAACUAGCACAGGAAUGACCCUGGCGACACUACCAAAAGGAGGCAAUAUUGUCCAAGGAAAGACGAAUGUACUACCGCAACAACCUAAAAAUACUAUAGUAAAAAUUGUUCCCAGUAAUCCGUCAAAUAAAGUUCUUACAACUUUAAAAACGAUCCCUUCUAAUAUGAUUCAAAUGAAUAAAGCUACAGGAAAGUUGGUCUUUUCGAAAGGAGCAACAGGUCAGCUUCCUUCUAUAGGUAACCAACAAGUUUUAGUUGUAAGUUCGAAUGCAGGUUUGAAGAAUAUACAAACAUUAACGAAUGCUCAAGCCGUAAACUUAGGAAAUGUCAAAACCACGUCUAUCAACGCCCAACCUGUCGUAACCGCUUCCUCGUUAACUAAUCUACAAGGCGUUAAACUCGCCGGAAAACCGAUCACUAUAUCUAUGCCUAUGCAAGUGGUCGGUUCCCCAAAGACUGUCACCCUCUCCAAGAACACGAAACAAGUAAUGAUUGGAGGAAAACAAGUAACAGUCCAAAUGGCCGGCAGCGGUAACAAGACCCUGACUUUAGUCCAACCGAGCCAAGCGGGCGUCAGCAAAAUCGUUCGUUUGCCCAUAAGUUCCACGGUAAACCAAUCGAACAACACCGAACAGCCCAAAUUAAUGGUGGUAUCCAGGCCCAAACAACCCACUGCCACUAUAGCGUCGACUUCUUUCGAUGGACCGGCCACAACGGACGCCGCCCUGGCGGCAUUGGCAGCAGAAGCGGGCCUCAUCGAUCCCGAGCCCUCCAAACCGGACGGCGUGGAACUCGACGUGGAUAUGGGCGAGAAAUCGAUAGAAAACGCGGACGAAUCCGGCAACAGCGCCGAAGAGAUGACGUCCGUUUCCGCCCCCAUGGAAGCGGCUUCCGGCCUUUUAGGAGGUUCGAUAAUGCAAUCGCUCGGGCUCAAAGGCGGCUCCAAAACCGUACAGAAACCGCCCAAAGGAUUUAGGUUUCGCAUGGGUUUGUACGGAGGGAGUAAGGAUCAAUUAGAGAGCGGAAUGAAAUCGUCAACGACAACUGCCGAGGCCGAUUCGACGGAGGCCACGAUGAACGGCUCGUUGAAAGCUAUCAAUAGCGAGGAGAGCGACAAGAUGGAUUUGGACGUGAAUAUAAAAUCCGAAGUGGACGAUAAGGGAAACGAUACGGAGAACGAGGAGAUUUCGGAGGCGAAUAACGGCAAUUUAUUAGAUACGACCGGUUCGAAUCCGUCCAAUUUGGAUGAGAAAAUGGAUGCCGAGAGCGGCUUGGAAUGCACAUUGGACGGCAAUUUGCGUUCGAGAAGCGACGAAUUGCUUCACGAUAUCAAAAAGGAGGAUAACACGAGCGACGAUCCGUUAGCUGCCUUAGCCUCGGCGGCCUUAGAUCAUUCGAAAGAAUUAAAAAAGACUGAAAACAGCGACUCCGAUCAGACCGUCAAGGACACUUGGUAUACGGUCGGUUUCAUCAAAGGUAACAGUUGCGACGUGCAGAGCUACUUUCUCCUCAACGACGACACCCUGGACCUCUCCUUGAACAACCUGCCUGAAUUUUUGAAUUACCCGAAAAUCAGCCUGGAGCCCGGCACCGCGUACAAAUUCAGAGUGGCCGGCAUAAAUUCCGUCGGCAGGGGCGAGUGGAGUGAGGUUUCGGCCUUCAAGACUUGCCUGCCAGGAUUUCCGGGUGCGCCGUCUGCUAUUAAAAUAGCCAAAUCCGGCGACGGAGCGCACUUGUCUUGGGAACCGCCCAGUGCCAAUCAAGGCGAAAUUCUUGAAUACUCAGUGUACCUGGCUGUUAGGGGAAAAGAUAAAGCUAAUCCUCCUGGUCAAUUAGCCUUCGUUAGAGUAUAUUGUGGACCAAGCAACCAAUGCGUCGUGACUAACACGUCUCUAUCGGCUGCUCAUCUCGAUACAACAACAAAAGCAGCGAUUAUAUUCCGCAUUGCUGCUAAAAAUGACAAAGGAUAUGGACCAGCAACGCAAGUCAGGUGGCUGCAAGAUCCACAAUCUACAAAUAAAACGACUAAACGAUUACCGGAAUCGCAACAACAGACAAUUAAAAAAAUUAAGUACGAAAAGGACGAUAUGUAAGAUCAUAAGACACCUUAAUAGGAAUUGCAAAAGUUUUUUUUUGUGUGUUUAAGCAGAAUCAAAAUAUUUGUUGGUAAUAUUUUAGACUUUUAUGAGUUUUUCGAGCUCAAUAAUGGUGAAAUAAAAAUAAGUAAAGAUGUCGAUAAUUACCUCUUUAUGCGUUUUUACCAACAUGAAAAUAAUUCUUCAUUUUUACAAAAUGUAAAGUAGUAAUUAUAUCCAACAUACCAAUUUAAUGAGUAUGACAUAAAAAAAUAAAGGGCUACAUUUUUAUUUUUAACCUAUAGCCUAUUUCUUAUUCUACAAAAUUAUUAAUGUUUUUAUAGAUUUUAAUUUGUGUAAUCCAUGCCAUUGGAUUUUUUGUACAAAGUACGUGAGUGCGAGUGAAAAUGGAACUGACGAGACUGUGAAACAUGAUUUUAUUGAAUUUUUUCUCUCAUUCAUUCUACAGCUCCGGUGUAAAUUUAAAAAUUGUUUGUAGUAAAAGUAAAGAACAUACAUUUUUUAGGUGCUUAUGCAUAAAAAUAUCACAGGAAUAUAUGCGAAAUAAAAUGUUUUUUAAUAUUGAGCGAGUAUCGAUCUAUCACAUGCUAGCUCGCUAUAGCCUGAUAGAAAUUAAGUUUAUUUAAGACAAAUUGACAGUAUAAACAUAGAUUCUUAUCCUUUUUUUUUUAUUCAAUUUGCUCGGUUUUAAUUUCGCAAGAUUUUUACAUUAAUUAGAAACUGUGUUUAUUUUAAAUGUACUAUUUUUCUACAGUUUAGCUUUUAGUUGAGAUUGUUUAUUCAUGAUAUGUCAUGUAUGAUUUAAUAAAAACUAUUGUAAGAAUAUGGUGUUAGAAGGAGUCAUUUCAAAUGUUUAUAAUACCUACUAAAAAACUAAAUAUUUGUACAAUGUAUAUAUAAUGAGAUGUAAGUUUAAUUAAAAUAAUACAGUUAAAUUAUUUUUAUUUGAUAAAUAAUAGUGAAAUUUGUUUUAAAAAAUCGCCAAUAUAUCAAACGAGGAUUUUGCAUAAUGUAUUCAAAAUCUUCGUAUGAAGAAGUUCUAUAAUACAUACAUUCAUUUGUCACUAGGUAAAUAGGAAUAUAUUUCACAGUUGGAUGUAGGUCUCAUUUUUUUUUCAUUUUUUUUAUUGGUCCUUUAUGUAAUGUUAUCAAUAAAGUCCAUUUAAGUAUUAUUUUCUUGUUUAGUUUAGGCUAACUUUCCUAAUUUUUGUGUAUGUAAAAAGUUCCAAUUACACUGCACAUUACUUUUAUGUUCCUCGGGUAGUUAAUAUGCAAUUCAUUGUAUAUAAUUGUACAUUCAUAGUAGGUUGUCUGGUAUCGUUUUGAAGAUUAGCUUUUUCGUAUUUAUGAUAUAUAUAUAAUUGUUCAAUUAAUUGCUGAUUUUUUGAUCUUUUACAUUUAAAAUAACUUAUGCGCAUUUAUAUAAAUUUGUUAUUUUACCAGUUUAUUGUCAACGGAGCGACCAAACGCAAGUGACUUGGUCGUUUUCUUGAUUGUGGAUUUAUUUGUAAUAAAAUUUUAUUAAAAUUUAUUACCGCUCUG